AUGACGUAUAAAGAAGAAACUGCCGAAGCUCGCCACUUGGCGUGUUUAGACGAAGAUGCGCUGAAGGACAUCACUGCGCCGGCGAAUCUGAACAGCGGCGAGCUCCAGGACAUCUACCGGCUGCAGACCGACGACUUCGACGAGCCAGAGGCUCUGGAGGUCUUCUACGAUGAUGGACGGGGCGGUACCGUGCGCGAGAUCGUGUUCAUCGACCCCAUCUACGCAGAACGCCGCCCUCGCAUCUGCGUUUCCAUUGAUGGAAUCCAGGCGAUGCACAACACGAUUUCCUGCCUCACCCGCAAGGUCGAUAAUCUUGUCGCGACAUUGGCGAAGUGCCGAUCAGCGUAUUACAAAGAGCUGACCACUCUCAAGGAGCAGCUCUACCAACAGGCCUUGGCGAGAAAGGACGGGCGCAAGCACUCGAUCGAUGCAACUGUUCUCUUUGAUCCGUCGGCGUUUCAAAGCCAGACAUCUCAGGAAGUGGAGAUGGAGGUCAAGCGACGAACGGAAAAGCUCACAAAGAGGCUGACAGAGGUGGAGGUUGAGAACCUGAGGCUGAAGAAGCGCAUUGCCAUCCUAACGAUCGAAGUGACGCAGCUUGAGAGGAGUACGUUUGACCCGAACAUAGAGGACCAGAUCGCCAUGGGAAAGCCGCGCUCACAAGCUCCCAAGAGCCCAAGCAAGAAGCCGAAGACCGGAAAGGCUUCGAAAGCAUCGAAGAAGACGAAUGCAGAGGUGCCAGGAGGUGACAGCAGUUUGGUCCCCUUCGGUGCAAACUUUGUCCGGCAGGAUCUUCGAAGGAGAGCUGCUAGCAAGGGUGGCACGCAUCAGACCCGGGCCCGGAACAAGAUGUACGGCAAAGAUGGCAGGAUGAAAUCCAAGUAUGCCCGUGCGCCGGAGCCGCUCUCAACGAUCCCAGUGACACGCCGGCAGGAGAAGGUGCUACGCUUCCAGCACUAUCAAAACGCAGCAUUUCAGCGGACGUCUUUACUGAAGAAGUGUUCCUCCAAGCGAGAGCCGAGGAGCUUCUCCUCAGCCAUGACGCAGGAUCUGCUGGCAUCGAUCCAGGAGGAGGCCGUGGAGGAGGUUGCAGAUGAGCGUCCGCCUGAUGCAGCAAGCGAAGAUAUCACGGCUAAGCGUCAAGAAUGGCUGCCUUCUAAAGAACGUGCAGCUGGAACUUACUCUGCAGCGGACCUCACUACCGUGCUCCAAGAGGUCUUCGGUCAUGAGGCCUUCCGUCAGGGACAGCGUGAGGCCAUCUUAUCUGUCCUGGCCAAUCAUCGGACACUGCUGCUGUUGGCAACCGGCUGCGGGAAGUCCCUGUGCUACCAACUGCCAGCGUACUUGCUGCGGGAGGAAGGUUUCACGCUUGUGGUGUCCCCGCUCGUCUCCCUUAUGUCCGACCAACUCGCACGCCUCCCGGGCUGCUUGCGAGGUGCCAUCUGCAGUGGCCAGCAGUCCCGUGACUCGGCGCGUGAUGUCAUGCGUGCCGUGCGGGCACGACUGGUUGAUGUCCUCUUCGUGUCACCGGAGAGGCUGGCCACGUGGUCCUUUGAUGGCUGUGGCUUACCUCCAAUUGCUCUCGCUUGCAUCGACGAGGCGCACUGUGUCUCUGAAUGGUCACACAAUUUUCGUCCGGAUUACUUCCGCCUACACGAGUACCUCGUCGAAUCCCUUGGUGCGCGACGAAUCCUCGCCCUCACUGCCACCGCCACCAGGCCUACGGUAAAGUCCGUGUGUGACAUACUGCAGCUGGACACUGUUGUUCGCAGCGACAAUAGCUUCACGGUGGACGAGCUCAUGCGAGAGAGCAAUCAGCCGACCGUCCAGCGCGGGAACCUCACCAUGGACGCGCGCAGCGUCCCAGAUGCCGACAGCCAAGUUCGCGAGCUGGUCCAGGUCCUGCGUCAUGACGUCAACCCUGCUGAGUCUGUGAUCAUCUACGUUUGGAGGCGAGACACAGCCGACCAGCUUGCCAAACAGCUACGGCCCUAUGUCAAGGGUGGUGUGUGUGCCUACCACGGCAGCAUGCUCGCGGAGGUGCGCAGCACGGUGCAGGAGAACUUCAUGUCGGGCAAGGUCAAAGUGGUGGUCGCAACGGUAGCUUUUGGAAUGGGGCUGGACAAGCCGGACAUUCGCCUUGUGGUGCAUUUCGGGCUGCCAAAGAGCAUUGAGAACUACAUCCAAGAGACAGGACGUUGCUCUCGAGAUGGAGGGCGAGGGAAGUGUGUGGCCCUGGUGAACCGCAAGGACUACCAAGCCAUGCGGUGGCUAGAAAGUGGUGGUAGAGGUGGCGGCACACAGGCCAGUGUCGUGCGACGCCUGUUGGUGGCUUUGUUGGGUGACUCGACCACCUACAAACGCCACCCCCUCAGCGAGGAUGCCGUGGCUGCAUUGGGCAAGAGCGAGGAGGCGCCGGAGACAUCAUCGCAGAGCGAAUGGCAGCCAUACAGCCUGGGCUUGCAUGAGACAGAGGCCGCGAAGGAAAUGAACUGCUCCACGACCGAGCUUCACUCGGUCUUGGCUCACCUUUGCAGGUACGGCAGUAGCCAUCUAACACUGAUGUCGAGCUUCCCGACCAAGCUGAAGCUUCGGUUCUUUCGCACAGACCCUGCAGAACUUAUGGAGGUGGACCCGUUGCUGCGGAAAGUGCUUCCCCUGGCGAAGAAGACGGGGCCAGUCUACACCGUUGAAACGGUGAAAGCUGUAGCCACCUUGGGCGGGACCGCUGCGCAGCUUUCGACUAGCCUUUGGCAGGCUGGUGGAGACGAGUUCUCCGUGGAGAAAGCAGACUACGGCUACAUGCUGACAGUCCGGAAGCCUGUAACAGAAGCUCAGAUCGACGAUUGGGCAGAGCAGAUCAGUCAAAUUAAUGUGCGAGCCAGAGAGUCUGCGAUCGAGAAGCUGGAUGCCUCGUACAUCGCUUUGACGAGAGCCGCAGAGGCAUCUGAAAGGCAGAAGGUAACUGAUCCCGAUGCAGAGCUGCCUGCGGCCCACACAACGUUGCACACUUUGAUCGAUGCCUACUUUGCAGCUUUGGAGGAUCCGACCCUGGUGAUGGCGGGGAGUGUUGAGGAACGUCGACGUCUUCUGACAUAUGCCCUCGGUGCAGACUUCAGAACUUCAGUCGCAACUCCCUUACAAGCUCGCCCUUUCGUAAAUCACCAGGAAUCCGGCAAGCCCCAGAAGAGAGAGGCACCAGAGGCUCAACGUCUCCAAGGCGUCACUGUUACUGUGGCAGUGUUUCGGCUUCUUGGUGAUCCAGCUUGGCCAAGCUUGCCCUGUGAAGAGCUGGAUGCCAUAGUACGCGCAGUUGCCCAGUUCUUGGCUGGUGUGAGCUCGGUGGUAAUGCCAGCCGCCAAGUGGCGCGAUCAUCGCAUGUGGGGCCACCUGCGUGGAGCGGGAAGUGGAGACUUUGACCGGCUGGAAGAGCUUGUGCGCGAGGGCGUGCUCAAGAACCAGAUGAACACCCGCGUCCAGAAGAUGGAUGUUCGUGACAUGCUCUACGACAUCUUGGACCGCGUGAAGGUUGACACCUUGGUUCGCACGCUGCGCAGCAUGAUCGAAGACGUGCAUCAGGAGCUGUUCUUCGUGACCCUGGAGGAGGUCCUCUCAGAUUACAGGGGGCUGAAGGUUGGCGACAUGCUGAAGCAGUCGGCCGACGACGCGGAGAAGAUCAGCCGCUUGGGGGGCGAGCUCCUCAAGGUCAAGCAAGAGAUGGCACAGCACAUCCGAGACGAGAAGCAAGCUCAGGAGGCGUUGAUGCAAACGACACGGAUGUGGCAGGAGUCGGAGUCGCUGAACAAGGACUUGGAGCAGUCGCUGGAGGAGUCACAGGUUGAAGCAGCGGACUGGCGAGAAAAGGCAGAACAGCUGAUCAAGGAGCCGGCAUUUCUUCGGGAGAAGAUGGCCAAGAUGAGGGAGGAGCAGCAGCAGGAGCUGGAAGCCCUGAGGACGAAGCUCAAGGAGGCGCAGAAAGCAGCGGAGAAAAGCAAAAAGACAGAGGACGUCGACUUGGCGACCUCCCUGUCCAUGUCGGGGAGGCAAGGAUCCAAGCAAUUUGCCGACAUGGCGGACAUGGUGGCCUCCACCCAGCAGGGAUUCAACAUCCAGGAGCAGUUCACCAUAGCGCUGAGCCUUCUGAAAGGAUGUCCAAGCUCACAGGUCACAAAAACAGCAGACAUCAUGAAGGCUCUGGUCGAAGACACGCGUCCCAAUCUGAUGAAGGAGCUCUUGGCUUCAGACCACGGCUCCCUGGGCCCUCCGAAAGUCCGCCUUGGCGCCGCGCAGAAGCUGCUGUCGGGACUUCCGCAGGAAGACCAGGCCUUGGUCGCAGAUCUUUUGCCACCGAAGGUCGUGAAGGAGAUCACUGUGAAGGUGCUCGAGGACGCUGCAUCCGACGAUGCCGCGGACAUGAAGGGCCAUGCGGGUGGGUAUUUUGAUCCGAACAUCGACAUCGGCAAAAGAUGCAAGAAGUUCCUGAUGACGAGGCUUAUCAAGAAGCUGAACUCUCAGGAGGUCAAGGUGCUCUUUGACGAGCUGGGGCAGCGGACUAAAAAAGCAAUCCUGAUUGACAUCUUCGAUUAUCAAGACCCGAAAGAUCUCGAACUCUGUGCCGAGAUGAUCUUUGUGGACACCAAGGAGGAACGUCGAUCCGCCCCGUCGGCCCUGCCCGAGCUCCUAAGGCAGCAGCACGAGGAGGUCAUUCGCCGACUGGACUUCCAAGAUGAAGUGCUGAGAGGCCUCACUCUGAACAGGAGGACCAGCAUGGGCAGCAAGAUGAGUCGACCCAAGACGGAGGGAGAUGAAUCUCAAUCCGUCCCAGUGAGCCCAGUGAAGCCGAUUCAGACCGAUAUCUCGCCGCCAAGAAAUGGCUUCACUGGAGAGAAGGUGCGCACUGCCACUGGACGAGCGCAAAUGCGGCGAACGUUCUCGAUUGCAGGCAGCCCGACGCACGCAAAAAAAGGAUUUGAGCCGAGGUAUGGCGGCCAUAGCUGCAUCUGGCACAUGGUGCAUCAUCCAGUCUUUGAGUCCUUUUUUGCUUUUGUCGUGGUGACGAAUGCUGUGUUCAUAGGAAUUGAUGUGCAACGCAGUGUGGAUCAUGGUGACCCGCGACCGACAGAGUUCCGUGUCAUUCAGUACCUCUAUGCGGCGAUAUUCACAGUUGAGCUGCUGCUGCGCUUGGCGGCAGACGGCUUGCACUUCUUCUGCUCUGAAGACUGGGCCUGGAGCUGGCUUGAUCUCUUUAUUGUUUUGAGCUCUCUGUGGGAAGUUGUUGUGGACAUCACAGGAAGUUCUGACCUUGACGCCAUCGCCGGCGUCAGCGGCUUGAAGUCUUUCCGCAUAGUACGGCUCAGCCGCAUCUUGAGAACUGCGCAGUUUGUCAGCAUCUUCCGCUUCGUCAUCGCGCUGCGGAUGCUGGUCACAUCGAUUCUCCACACUCUCAAAGCACUGGUCUGGGCUAUGACGCUCUUGGUGCUGAUCGUCUAUGUGUUUGCUGUGUUGUUUACGCAAGCUGUCAGCGACUACAGAGCUGAUAGCAACACGACGUUGGUCCACCAAGAUGCUGCACAACGGUAUUUUGGUUCGCUGGUGGACAGCAUGCUGACUCUCUUCAUGAGCUUGGCUGGUGGCGUCAGCUGGGAGCAAGCUCUGGCACCGCUCAGGGAGAUAUCAGCCAUCUGGGUUAUUUGUUACGUUGGAUAUAUAGCUUUCACGUAUUUUGCAGUCUUAAACGUAGUAACGGCGGUGUUCUGCCAGUCAGCCAUUGAAUCGGCACAGAACGACCAAGUGACGCUUAUGCAAAACAUGCUGAUGAACAAAGAGAAGCAUGUUCGCAAAAUACAGGAGCUUUUCGGACGGCUGGGUGCCACCGAUGAUGGACACAUCACUUUGCAGAUGUUCGAAGAGAACAUCAACUCUGAUUCCGUUACCACCUAUUUUGAAGCACUCGGUCUAGAUGUGUGGGAUGCUUGGGCUUUCUUCAAGCUUCUGGACUCCGACGGAGGUGGAUCAGUAGAUGUGGAGGAGUUUUUCAUGGGUUGUCUUCGCUUCCGUGGACAAGCGAAGGCCAUGGAUGUCGGUCAACUCAUACAGGAUCAGAGCUGGAUCAUCAAGAACCAGGGAAAGUUCCAGUCUUUCAUGGAGGCUGAGAUGACCGGCCUCAAGCAUAAUCUCGCGAGCCUCAUGCAUUUGUGUUCUCGCCCAGAGCCCAGCGUCAAGGCCUUCGUGAAGGGUCUUUGUGACGAGGCCAACGAGCUCUUCCUGCUACAGACUGCCCAUCGCAUUGGCCAGGCUCAGGCUUUGGCUCUCGUGGCACCCGAUAAGGUUCAAAAGGAGGCCCCACGUGCCAUCCAACGACACCAUGAAACGGUGCAAACCGAAUUCUCGUGCGUGUCAGAGGAGCUGAUCCUGGAAAUCUCAAGAAAAGCUCGUGAAGAGGACUUGAUGCAACAGGCUUUUGAUCCAACAGGCUCUUGGAUGGUCACUCAGUGGGGCGCAGCUGCAGAUGCCACUCCAGCCGAGAAGGAGAAGCCGGGCGUAACUGAAACGGAUGCCGCGGAAGCCGCGCGACAGGCCGAACAGGAGCAAGAAGCCCUCGAGGCUGCAAAGCGUGCCGAGCAAGAGGCGGCUGCCGCCAUAGCCCUGGCAAUGGCCGAAAAGCAGGAAGCUCUGGAGCAAGCACAGGCGUCAGCAGCUGCUGCAGAUGCUGCACGGGAGGAGGUUCAGAAGCGAGAAGAAGAGAUGCGCCUGUUCAAGGAGCAGAUGGAGCAAGAGCUGCAGGAAGCGGCGGCUCGAGCCAGGGCAGAAGCACAGGCUCAGAGCGGCUCAGAGGGUCAGGACGAGGAGCUCUUGGCCCAAAGGAUAGCACGGGCACAGGAGCAGGCCGCAGCUGCGGCAGAAGCUGCCAUGAAGGAGAAAGAGGCUGCUCUUCUUGCAGCCCAGCAGAAAGCCGAGCAAGAGGCAGCGGCAGCUUCCGCCCGGGAGCAGGCAGCAGCUGACGCAGCUGCUGGAAUCCAGGCUAAAGAGAUGUCGAAAGACUGGUCUUGCGAGGAUGUCCGUGCAUGGUUGACGUCCUCUGGCUAUCCAGAGGUGGCCCUGGCAGCCUUUCACCACAAUGUUGAAGGCAAAAUGCUGCCACACCUCGGUCACGAAGGAUGGAAGGAGCUCGGCUUGACCUCCGCAGUUCAGCGCGCAAGAAUUCUGAGUGCAGUGGCCGACUUGGGCACCGACAGCCGCGAAGCCGACCAGCCGUCUACCGCGGCCCCCGUGCCUUCAGCUAAAGCUCGGGGGAAUGGCACCCUCAUACAACGCUUUGGAAAAGCGGUGAAAUUGAUGGAUGGCUUCAUCUGGUCGGACCACAAACCCGUCUGGUUCCAGCAUUUGGAGCAGUCUGGCAAGUCCCCAGAAGAGCUGCGGGAACUCUUCUGUAUCCAGCUUGACUCAUACAACUUGAUGACAUUGCUUCUGCUUUCCUCCGUUGUACCGACAGCUACGGGCAUUUGCGCAGAUAUUGGCUGGGAUGAGGAUGGUUGGCCGGUGGACAAGCUUAAGUUUUUCUGCUUGAUCUUCAGCUUUAUAUACAGUGGGCUUCUUAUUCUGCAUUUCUGCAUGUCACACAUACUGCACCUACUCGUAUCCGGAGUCAGCCCUGCAAACUACCCUGUGUUCAUGAGGGCCUGUGGCUGUGAUUUUCUGUCCGAGAUUGGCGUCGCUUACGUGGUGAUCCUGUACCUAUUCGCCCCGUGGAUGUUUUCGUGUAUGGCAGUCCUUCUUGGAAGGAGCGCUAACUGGAUAAUUUGGGCGUCCUCUUUCGGAGUCGUGAUCUUGUCUUGGAUUUUCCAAGCCUCUUUGACUUUCCCGCUGCUGGGUCGACAUGAUGAUGGGUCACGGCCCAGAGUGGCAGACACUGCCUAUAACAGCUCGCGGCUGGUUUUGAGGCUAGUUCUACAUUCUGGCCUUCUGCACCAAGACAGGGCACCUCUCGACCCGUCGCUACCGAGGGACGCGUUGCUUGAGCAAAUGGCUGAGAUUUCCUUGGAGGAGAUAGAGCACAGAGCACGUGCUUCAGAAGACAGAUAUGACGCUAUGAAAGAGGAUGGACUUUCUGCAGAGGCCCAGGCUGCUCGAGAACGUGCCGAGCAGCAGGCAAGCCUUCAACGCAAGGCAAGCACGGUCGCGAACGAAGAGGCUGCCAGAACCAUGGCGCAAGCUCAGGCUGUUGCUGCCGCAGCUCAGAAAGAACGAGAAGCUGUGGAGAAGGCGAAAGCUGCAUGGGAGGCUCGGAUGGCUGAUGAGGCCGAAGCCUUGAAGGCUGCGGAGAAAGCGAGGGACGAUGCGCUUGCUGCUGCAGCCUGCGCUGAGGUUGCAUUCGAAACAGCCGCAGGAGCAGUGGUCGAUGUCGUAUCUUCGCAAAUGACGGAGGAAGAGCGACAAGCAUUGCAAGAGAGGGCGGCAAAGGAGCGCGAGGCCAAGGAGCAGGCAGAAGCAGCAGUCAAGAAGGCUGCGGAGGCUUUACAGGCCGCAAAGCAGAGAGCCGAGGAGGCAGAGAAUCAAAGCCGUGAAGCAGCAAUCUCAGCUCAGUUCAAGGCCUUGGGCAAGCUGUCGCGGGUCCAAGCUGCCUAUGCAACCUUGGAAGAGAGGCUAAAAAUCCAGGAGGAGGCAACGGUACAAGCCUCGAAACGAGAGGAAGAAGCAGUGAAGCGGGAAGAAAAGCUUGCGACACUUGUGGCGGCAAAGGCACUCGCCAAAGAGGUGAAUCGUCGCAACCGCGCGGCGCAAACUCUACUGGCCAUCGAGCAAGAAACUGGCUCGGAGAAGUGGAGGCUAGCGCUCGAUGUGCUCGGCGACGGUCCAGACCAACUGAGGUCAGAUGUGCGCUUGGAAAUCGCCAGGUUGGCAACACAAUGGCUUGCCCAGUUCAGGCUGCAAGAAGGGGAGGAGUCGUUGCAGGAGUCCGUCGGAAACCACACCCUUUCGGCGAUGAAGGACUUCGUGGAUGGCUCGGUGAACUUCCUGGCGGUGGCCAGAUCCGUGCAAACAACGCCGCAGACAUGGAAUGACGCAGGAGACGCAGCAAACCAAGCUGUGCAGCAAUCCCUCCAAGAGCUGGCAUCCAUGGGUGGCGACAUGGGUCUUAUGGCUCAGGAUGCAACCUAUCAGCUUCAAGUCGUUGACAAUGCCGUGCAGGCCGCACAGGCCGCAAAGCAGCAAGCCGUGCCUGCGCAGGCGCACCACACGGUGGUAGUGCCUACGGCAACAGCAGAGGCAGAUGUCACAGUCCACGUGCAGCAGAAGAAGCAGCAGCAGCAGGCCGCGGCAUUUCUUCUGGGCGGCGUGGCCCCAGAAAGUGUGCAGGUGCACGUCUUGAAGGAUCCCGAAAUGCCGCCCAUGGCCUUGGUCACUUCGGGGGUGGCGAGCCAAGAUCUGAAUUCAAUGGAUGAGACGGAACAACGACAUGCCAUUCUGGCUGCUGCGAAAGCCGUCGAGGCCUCUGUCUCACCAUCAUCGUCUUCCACCUCUUUGGCCAACCCUCCAGCCUUCGCCAGCACCAGCUGCCCGCCUUCGCAGGCCUUUCUGUUUUCAUCCUCCAGCGAGCAGUCCUUGCAGGCAGGGAUCAGUCAGGAGCUUGCUCCCGCGUCAGCGCCGUACAAGGUCCCAACAGAAUCGAUGCCUCCCGUGGAUGAACUGGAACGCGGGGGCAGCCAUCCAGCACCGAACGUUGCCGAGGCUGGAGUCCCGCCAUCUGCAGCCGACGCUCCAGCCCUUGCUAGCACCAGCGGCCCGCCUGCACAGGCCAAGACUGCAUCGCCGAGCAAGCAGGCGUUCCAGGCAGGCAUCAGCCAUGGUCCAGGGGAACUGGCUCCCGCGCCAGUGGAACCUGCGCAGCGCAAGGUGCAGUUGCCUUCCAAGCCAGUGGAGGGCUCCUCGCCAAAACCUACCGGACCUACUGGUCAAGCAGGACCACAUGCCGUGGCCACAGAACCUGUUCGGAAUGUGGUUCCACGGCGAAAGUCUUCCGUGGAGGAUUUGACCAGAGAUCUUGGCCUCGGGGCACAAACAGAUCAUCGGCUCAGCAUUGAGACGAAGCCGCCUCUUCGCCGUCUGUCUGGCACACCGGCCCGGCACAAGAAAGCCAAGCACUCCACCUCGCGACGGCUGCUGCAUUUGAAAUCCUCUGGCGGCCGCUCAGAAGAAGCCAUCACCAUGGAAUUGGGUGAUGUCGCUGAGGAGCUGGAGCUCGAGUCCAAAAUGUUAGCCAAGCACAUGGCCGUGUCCAUUGGCAAGGCAGCCGGCCUCGGUCACCAAAGUCCGCACGAAGCGGCCCUGACAGCUGCUGCCUCCGUUCACAAGGCGAUGAUGGAGAAGGGCGUGACCGAAGAGGAGGCUGUUGAAUUUGCCUCGUUCGGCUCCGGGCUGGCGGCUUCCGAGGCUGCGAUGGUGCAAGGGACGACGCCGGAAGCUGCUGCCUCCAUUGCUGCCGCUGAAGCUCAAAGAGCCGCACUGGUUGCUGGCUGCCCCACCGACUUGGCUCUUCAGUGUGGAGCCCUGGCCAUCGGCGCAGUGGUGGCCAAGCUGGCCGCGCAAAGAGGCUGGAAUCCCAGCGAUGCAGCAACUAUGGCUGGGCAAUUCCUCAAAAGGUUCGUUGAUGCAAACAGCAUUGCAAGCGACCACUUCGUCGCAAUGACAGCAAUGGCGACACAUGAGGCUGCGGAAGCUGUAGCCCUCGCCAACGGCUUUGCACCCCGGCGUGCAGCAGAGAUUGGCGCUGAAGAGGCUUCUAGGAUGACCUCGCAGCUCGUACACGCCAAAAUCCGCGGCGUCGCCGACGAUGCACUGCGAAACCUGAGCGCAGGAACUGAUGCCACCAGCACCUCCGAGGCGUCGUCGAUGUCCAAAGCGGUCUCGGGGUUCUCCGCAAUUCAAGCUCGCCCAUCAGAUCGAGAACAAGAUGGAAUGUCUCCACGGCAAGGCAGUGCCGGCACACAGUCUCAAAAUGCCUCCAAGCCUGGCUUGACGGAGCUCAGCAGGAGGCCCCUGCCUGUCAGUGCCCGCCGAGCAGAGGGUGAUGCCGCACUGCCAGCGGCAUCGCCGCGAGAGGAGCAGCACCUGCAGCAGCCGCAGAAGAGGCCGCAAAGGAUGUCUAUUGCCGAUUUGACUCUUCCCGCCUUGCCUUCAGCUCGCCGGAUGUCCCAGGCACCGACUGCUGCUGAGUCGAACGUGUCUUCAGUGGUGCCCAAUGAAAAGUAUCCGGAGACUUCCCGGAUCCUGUCAUAUGGACAACAAGAUGUGAGGAAAAGAGAUCACUCGAGGAGCCCAUCUCCCGCCGCAGUGCGGGAUGUGCAGCCCGUCGAAUCAGGCACAGAGCAAAAGCCCUCUGCGCGGUUGCUGCAGGAGUUCCGCAGGCCGUCGAUGCUGUCGAUGCAGUCCUUCGAAGUUCCUCUACCGGUACCGUCCCGGGACCUCCCGGUGGGUCCGGUACACAGCAACCGCCCCAAGCUGCAGGGUUGGCAGCGGAUACAAAAGCCGGACGAGGCCAGUCCAGGGCGUGGACGUCGCAACUCCACAGGGAGAUCGCCUCAUGAUGACGCCUCCCUCUCCAGCCCUGAGCGGCCGAACGAUCCACGCAGCGAUCCUGUCAGCCCACGGGAGGCAGAUCCAGCGCCUCAAGAUAGUUCUCCGAGGCCAGCCCUGGAAGACUUGCUACGGCCAAAGCCGCCGAGCUUCCCCAUCCAGGCGAUGCCACCAGAGGACAAGCGAAGGGGCGCACGAGAUCCACGAGACAGGCCAACUCCGCGACUGCGUGGAGGGCCCGAAAGAGCCGAGAAGGUUCAUCCCCCGCGUGAUGGGGAGAAAGCUCAGACGUUCCUCCAGGCCUUGGAGAUGGCCAAGGCCCAGAAGCAGCGGGAGGGCGCCAUGGCGAAGCCGCCGAAGCGAGAGGAACGAAGCAGGCCAGCAAACAUUGCUGCAGAGCUUCGUGUCGCUGCAAUUCGCUCCAGUCAGGCUCAGGAGACGAGCCCGUCGAAAAGCCGCAGGAGAGCCUCACUUCUGCACCUGAUUCAGCCCGAGUCCAAGAAAGCGGACCCGUUUGCUCCGGACGUCAACGCGCUCUAUGUUGGAACAGGGCAACCGCGGCAACAAGCGUCACCGCCUGGGUCGGAGGUGGCCUCCCGGGUAGCAUCGAAGGCGAAUAUGUCUCCGAGCCGAGUGCGCGCUGAUGCGGAUGAUGCGCGAGCGCCUUUUGGUGGAGUUUCCCCUUCCACUUCCAUGCACCGAGAUCCAAGAGGUCCUGAAGCAGUCGAGAGUCUCCAGGAUGUUCUCUCCGUCUCCGUGCUGAGCACUGACAGCAAGGGCUUCGCCAAGCCCUUCAAGCCGCCCGAGAACGAGGCUCCAGAUGAUUCUGGCCUGGAAGCCGACGCAUUGGAGGCGUUGCCAAGGAAAGCCGAAAGCCGAGCCCCUCGCUCGUCUCGUUCGUCUCGCUCCGCAUCAAGGGAGCCUCCAAAACGUCCACCUCCGGAGCAAGCGGGCAGCGAGGCUGAGGUCUUGGUGAAGCGCGUUCAGGAGAGCCUUGACAGGAAGUUUGGCAGUGUGGAUGCCGCCUUCAUGAAUAUGUCAGCACGAAUGAAUCGAUUGUCUACCAGGAAUGGCACAGAAGGCGAGCAAACGGCGGAAGAAAAGGAAGACAGGGCUCUGAUGGACCUGCGCCAGUGUAUGGUCGAGUCUGGGGUGUCCUUCAAAGAUGCCACGCUGUUUCUGCAGGCGAUGCGAUCUAGUCUGGGAGGUGCCCCACCAUCCGUGCAGGAUGUUGCCAAUUCUCUGAUGCCCGGGCAUCUUCUUCAAGAUGCUGUGGAUCAGGCCAAGAAGAAGGCUGCCUUCUCACUAAGUGGCAGCGACGAUCCGAACAUCAAUCUCGACAACAUCCAGGGCAUAUCGAACCUGAAUGCGAGGAGCAUCCUGGAGCGUCCAGGGGCCCCUGUGGUGCUGCCGACGGCGCCUGUACCAGCAGGCGCCAGCUCACGGAGCCGCUCUGGGAGCCAAUCUCCCGGAAAGCGCUCGGAGCGAACGGAGCGCAGCCACUCGCGGUCUCCAUCGAAGCCGAAGGCGCCGACGGCUUCGCAACCGUGA